AUGAAGUCACUUGUCUCGUUCCAACGAUCUUUCAUUCUACUUUCUCUCUUUCUCUCUCUCAGUAACUGCCACAUUCCAACCACUCUCGAAGGUCCAUUUCUCCCCGUAACCGUUCCGUUCGACGUCUCCACGCGCGGCAACACCUCCGACUUACCGGACACCGAUCCUCGUGUGCGACGGCAAGUCGUCGGAUUCGAGCCGGAGCAGAUAUCGCUGUCGCUUUCCUCCACUCAUGACUCCGUUUGGGUUUCGUGGAUUACUGGGGAAUUUCAAAUUGGUUACAACAUCAAGCCGUUAGAUCCCAAUACCGUUGCAAGUGUUGUUCGUUAUGGAACUUCAAGAUUUGAAUUAGGGAAUGAAGCAGAGGGCCAGUCGCUCAUCUACAACCAGCUUUAUCCUUUUGAAGGCCUUCAGAAUUACACUUCUGGAAUCAUUCAUCAUGUUCGACUUACAGGACUGGAACCAAGCACACUAUACUAUUAUCAAUGUGGAGAUCCCUCAUUACAUGCUAUGAGUGAUAUAUACUAUUUCAGAACCAUGCCAAUUUCUGGUCCACAGAGUUACCCAGGAAGAAUUGCUAUAGUAGGAGAUCUUGGUCUCACGUAUAACACGACUACUACCAUCAGUCAUAUGACUAGUAACGAACCUGAUCUUAUCCUAUUGAUUGGUGAUGUAAGCUAUGCAAAUCUGUACCUCACAAAUGGAACAGGCUCAGACUGUUAUAGUUGCUCAUUUUCAGACACUCCUAUACAUGAAACCUACCAGCCUCGAUGGGAUUAUUGGGGAAGGUUCAUGCAGAGUCUAGUGUCUAGAGUUCCAAUAAUGGUGGUAGAAGGAAAUCACGAAAUUGAAUUACAGGCUGAAAACAAGACAUUUGUGGCUUACAGUUCCAGGUUUGCGUUCCCCUCUGAAGAAAGUGGAUCGCCAUCCACAUUCUACUACUCUUUCAAUGCUGGUGGCGUUCAUUUUAUUAUGCUUGGCGCUUAUAUUGACUAUGAUAAAACAGGUGAACAAUACAGGUGGCUGGAGAGAGAUCUGGCUAAUGUUGAUAGAUCAACGACUCCCUGGCUUGUAGCUACCUGGCAUCCACCAUGGUACAGCACUUAUGUAGCUCAUUACAGAGAAGCGGAGUGUAUGCGAGUGGAGAUGGAGGAGCUGCUAUACUCGUAUAGCGUGGAUAUAGUAUUCAAUGGACAUGUUCAUGCUUAUGAGAGAUCCAACCGGGUUUAUAAUUAUAAAUUAGAUCCGUGUGGUCCUGUACAUAUUGCUGUUGGGGAUGGAGGUAACCGAGAGAAGAUGUCAAUUCCAUUUGUAGACGAGCAUGGAAAUUGUCCUGAUCCAUCAACUACUCCUGGCUCUUACAUGGGUGGCUUUUGUGCAACAAAUUUUACAUCUGGCCCUGCAGCAGGCAAGUUUUGUUGGGAUCGCCAGGCAGAUUACAGUGCUUUCAGAGAAAGUAGCUUUGGCUAUGGAAUUUUUGAGGUAAAAAAUGAAACAUGGGCUUUGUGGACUUGGUAUCGCAAUCAGGACUCUUUAAAGGAAGUUGGAGAUCAAAUUUACAUAGUAAGACAGCCUGAUAUAUGUCCUGUUGGUCAGAGGGCAUAUUAUAAUUGUGUUGCUUCAUUUUAA